CCCACUUCCUGGCAAAGAAAUAUGUCCUAUCCUCCUUGCUUCCUUCAUAUCAAGUGCUAUACGUCAGAUUUCAAUAACAUAGCCCCAUGGGGAACCCUCCCGUUUCAGAUACCUCGGCCAAUAACCCUACCGUCAAGAGGAAGAGGAGACGGCUUCAUCCCUUUCGGCGAAUUGCAAAGCUCAUCCUCGGAAACCCAAAAACACCCAGCACCAGGGAACAGAUACGAGACCACGAACAGGGCAAAGCAUGUCACGGCCCGUCUAAAUGGCACUACCUGCUUCCCUUUCUCGAGCCGCUCAUUUCGCUCGACCCCAAGCUGUCGUUUAUCGAGGACCGCAUUCUCCGACGACCUCCGCAGCCAAAAACGGAAACAGAGCCCUCUGAGGCUCCGCGAAACCUUGAGGAGCUGAGGAGAGACGUUCAAGAAGCAGAUGUACCAUGUGAAUGCGAUGAAUGUGCACCUAAGCUCUACAAAAUCACCACGACCAAAUCCCAUGGCAUCAUCAAGGACCAACUGGCCAACAACAACCGCACCCGGCGCUCUAAAGGCCUGUUGUAUGAGAAUCAGCCCAAGCAGGUCAGUCCAGGAUCGUACCUGCGACUACGCUUUCGCGGCGACUAUGAAGCCAUGACUUUGGUACGACACCACAUGGCGUGGCUCGACGCGACCUACCUCCACCCAUCCGCGCACAUUACCCCGGCCGUCCACCAACUGCGCAGUCUCCUCAAAGCGUGGCACCCGCAAAUUACUGGCCUGGACAUGCGCCGUACACUCUCAAUCACGCAACUAACCACGCUCUUCACGCACCUGAACCGCGUCUUCUUCUCAGGCUGCGUACCCACGCACAAUGCGACUCUAACAGCAGGCUUCUCGUACCUUCCCGAGCAGCAACGCGACUGCUUUGGCAAAAGCCUCUUCAAUCCUCUGAUCGGCACCCAGAUCCUCGUCCAUCCCACUCUAUACCGCGGCGCCGGCACGCCUAGUCACCACCCGGAUGUACUGCGCCUGAACAACCGCCUUGGAACAAUUAUCCACGAAAUGUGCCAUGCUUUCCUCAAAGCAUAUUCCUGCCGCUCGUGCGCCAUGCACGAGGCGUGCGACGGCGUGACGGGCCAUGGCCGCGCGUGGCAGCUACUCGCCAAGAAGCUCGAAGAAGCUGCGUGUGUGGUCCUGGGCGGUGAAGUGGAUAUGGGCCGCGGUCCCAGUUUGCUGAGGGAAAUCGCGUGCAGCGGGCGGCUCCCAAGUUGUCAUGAUCUCGAGGCGUACGGUAUGAAUGUGGUCAAAGCGCCUGCGCCUGUUGCGUGUGUGGAGAAGCAAGAGAAGUGGACUGUUCGGCUGGCUGGAUGAAGACAGAAGUCGAAGACGGAGUUUUGGAGAUGCAGAGAUCUACGAGUUUCGAAAGAGGAGGAGGGAAUGAAAUGUUGAGUAGUUGAUUGGAAAAAAGCCCAGGAGGUUUCUACUCGCGAUACGCCGGGCGCGCGUCUGCGAUUUGCGGAUGUAAAGGAAGAUGUUAUAUAUACCCAUACAGACGAUUUCCCUACCGUCCGUUCCGAGAACGAGGACCGAGCUGGCCCUGGACCGGGGGACAAUAUAUCUCCCUCCCCAUGAGUUCUUUUCUGGGUGUACAGCGGUCGCGAUCCCGCUAGAGGUUGACAUUUUGUUUACCCCUCCGCAUUUACGAAUUUUUGUUUUUUUUUUGCAUAGAUACAAAUGCCUAGGCUACGCGCGAGCGAAAUAGAUAGAAAUUUUACAUCUAAUCUUAUAGAUAAAGAAAUUUCCC